AUGGCUGACGAUGCCCCUCCGGCUGAGGUGCCGGCUGAGCAACCAGUUGCCGAACCCGAACCCGAAGCUGCCACAGCCGAGGUACCGGAAUCCGCCGCUGCCCAAAUGGCCGCUGCUGCCGAUCAAGCCGAGGUGGAGGCUGCCCAAGAUGGCGUACCCGCCGCCGAGACCAUUCCUAACAAGGAUGACGAUCAGUUUUACCAGCCCCCACCUGACCAUGUGUCCGGUGAGGUUGAUGAUCUGGCCAAGCUCACAAAUCUCAACCAGAACACCCUGCUGCAAGACCUCAAGAUCCGUUACGAAAACGGCAAGAUCUACACCUUUGUCUCAGACAUUCUCAUUGCCGUCAAUCCCUUCCAGAUGUAUCCCAUCUACGGCCCGGAGAACAUGAAAAAAUACUACAAGCAGCCGCGCCACAAGGUUGCCCCCCACGUGUACACCAUCGCCGAUGCGUGCUACCACAACCUCUUUGAGAUGCAACGCAACCAGUGCGUUGUCAUUAGCGGUGAAUCGGGCGCGGGUAAGACCGAGUCGGCCAAGUUUGUCGUCAACUACAUCAUCGAGCUCUGCCGCCCCAAGACCAACAAGGACAAGCAGGUGGGCAUGACCGCUGUCACCAAUCUUGAGGAGCAGAUUCUUCAAAUCAACCCACUCUUGGAGGCCUUUGGUAACGCCCAGACCGUCAUGAACGACAACAGUUCCCGCUUUGGCAAGUAUACCCAGCUCUACUUUGACAAGGAAGGCCGGGCCAUGGGUGUCCAAAUCUCCGAGUACCUCUUGGAAAAGUCACGUGUCGUUGAGCAGGCGGAACACGAGCGCAACUUUCACGUCUUUUACUACCUCUUCGCCGAUGAGGCCGAGCGCGAACGCCUCAAACUGACCGAGCCCAAGGAUUUUCACAACUUGGGGGGUGAUGUUUGGGAGGACAAUGCCGACAUGAUGGACGAGCUCGCCGAUGCUCUCGAUGACGUCGGCUUUACCGAUGAGGAGCGCAAUGACAUCAAGAGCAUCCUUGCUGCCGUCAUGCACAUUUGCAACAUUGACUUCAAUGCCGAGGGCGAACAGGCUGACGUCAAGGACUCCACUCCCCUCAAGACGGCCGCUGAGCUGCUCCAAGUCGAGCCCGCCAACCUCGAGGAGGUUUUGCUUGGCCUCAACACAGUGACUCGCGGCGAGCACAUUCGUCGCCUCUACAAGGCUGACCAGGCCUAUGAUUGCCGUGACGCCCUGGCCAAGGCCCUGUACGGCAGCAUGUUUGGCUACAUUGUCCAACGCAUCAAUGAGAUGCUUUCACCCCAGCUGCAGCAGCUCAAGCGCGCCAAGGGCCGUCCCGGUGCUGCCCAGCGGGAGGCCCCGACUUAUGAGAUUGGUGUGCUCGACAUUUUCGGCUUUGAAAACUUCACCACCAACAGCUUUGAACAAAUGUGCAUCAACGUCAGCCACGAGCAACUGCAAUUCUUCUUCAACCAGCACACCUUCCGUCUUGAGCUCGAGGAAUACGAGGCCGAGGGCAUUGACGGCGCCUCUAUCAGCUUUCGGGACAACAAGCCCCUCUUGGACAUGUUCUUGGACAAGCCCAUUGGCGUCUUUUCCCUCUUGGAUGAGGAAUGCUCUUUCCCUCAGGCUACGGACGAGUCGUUUGUGGCCAAGUUGGGCCAGCACUUUGGUAGCCAUCCCAGCUUUGUGCCCGCCAAGGUUUCGCGUGGCCACCCCACGUUCACCAUCAAGCACUUUGCUGCCGACGUGGAGUACAGCGGCGUCAACAUGAUUGAGAAGAACCGGGACAACCUGGCAGCCGACAUUGUUAACGUGAUGCAGGGCUCCCUGGUCGACAUUGUUGGUGACGUGUUCAAUGGCGACAUCCUUCCCACGGGCCAGAUCCGUGCCGUCAAGCGCACGCCCGAGGAGGUGCGCAUGCAUCGUGGCAAGCAGGUGCAGCCCGUUGACAAGGGUACCUCAACGGCCAACCGCAAGACGCCGUCCCUCUCGUCGCAGUUUAAAAAUUCACUCUCCACUCUGGUGGAUCGCAUGAACACGUGCUAUCCUCACUUCAUCCGCUGCAUCAAGCCCAACCUUGACCAGAAGCCCAACCGCUUCCUCGAUGAAUUUGUCCUCACCCAACUGGGCUACACAGGUGUCCUCGAGGCUACCCGCAUUCGUCAGGAGGGCUACUCGUGGCGUCCGGUCUUUGCCGAGUUUGUACGUCGGUACAAAAUUCUGGGUUUCCCUGCUCAAAAGCUCAACAUGAUCAAGGAGAGCGAGGCCUCUGCUGUCAAGAUCAUUCAGACGGUGGGCCUGAAGAACUGGAAGGUCGGCAAGACCAAACUCUUCCUCAAGUUUUACCAUCUCGACGAACUGGAGCGUCUCAUGGAGAAGUACUACAAGGACGUUGUGCGCGUGCAAUGUGCCGCCCGUGCUCUUUUUGCACGUCGUCGCUACAAUGUGCUCCUCGAGCGUGCUCGCAUGAGCGCUGCUGAGCGCGCCGAGGCCGAGCGUAUCGAGGCCGAAGAGCGCGCCCGUCGCUUCGAAGAAACCAAGAUUGCCCGUGAGGCUGCUGAGAUGGAGGCUCGUCGCCUCGAGGAGGAGCGUCGCAAGAAAGAGCUCGAGCUGGAGGAGCUCAAAUUCCGGGAGCAGCAGGAGGCCGAAACGGCCCGUCGCCUCGCAGAGGAAGAGCAACGCAAGGCCGAGCAAGCUUCCCUGGAGCGUGAACUGUACGUAUCUGCAGUCGUUAAAACUGGCGUGAAGAUGACAGAUAAAUGGGAAUCAAACUAUGUGGCUGCUGGUCUCGUGUGUGUGUGUGUGUGUGUGUGUGUGUGUGUGUGUGUGUGUGUGUGUGUGUGUGUGUGUGUGGCUCGUCAAGAGGCCGAGGAGGCGCGUCGUCUGGCUGAAGAGCGCCAAAAGGAGCUCGAGAGCAUUUCGCAAGCUGCUGAGGAGGCGCGUCGCUUGGCUGAGGAGGCCGAGAAGGAGGUCAAACGCCAGGCCUUUGAGCGCACCAAGUCGCGCAAAAUGCGCCAACUCGAGGCGGCCGAAAAGGAGCGCAUGGCUCGCGAGGAGAUGGAGGAGCACAAACGCCUGGCCGAGGAGGCGCGAGUGUCUGCGGAGACGGCUGCUGCGGAGGCGCGCCGCUUGGCCGAUGAGCGCGAGGCCAACUUGCUGAAGCAACAAGAAGAGAAGGAGGCUCAAUAUCAGGAGCUCCUGCGCAAGAUGGAGGAGGAUGCCAAGGCGGCUCAGUUGCGGGCCGAGGAACAAAUGCGCUUGGCCGAGGAGGCGCGCAAGGCACGUGAAGCAGCCGAGGCUGCAGCGCGUAAGGCAGAGGAGGAGCGCAAGGCGGAAGAGGAACGCCUUGAGGCUGAGCGCCGCGCGGAGGAGCAGGCACGCUACGAUGCCGACUAUCGACGCCCCGACUUUGACUUGCAGGCUCGCGUCAAACAGCUGCUGGCAGAGAAGCCCGUGGUGCUCAACUGCACCGAGGUACAAGUCGGCAGCCGCACAGCCAAGGGUUGGUUGCACAAGAUGGGCCAAUUUCGCCGCAGCUGGAAGCACCGCUGGUUCGUUGUGGAUCUCGAUGAUAUGUUGCUCAAAUAUUACUCGAGUGACCGCGCGAGCAAGGAAAAGGCCUAUAUCCCCAUUGCUGAGGUCGAGCGUGCCUUUGUACCUCGUCUUUCGGCCGGCACCAUCCGCUCGAAGCCAUCAAACUCAAAGCAUCAACAGUACCUUCUCAUGAUUGAGACGGUAUCGCGCGGCUACUAUUUGGAAGCACCCUCAAAGGAGGCUCAGGAGCUGUGGCUGACCAUCCUGAAUGUAAUUUGCAACCCAAUUGUCAAGUCGACUGACGCCUAAGCCGCUAGCGGCCGGCAUGAGACAUGUGGUGUUGUGGCUGCCCCUGGGCGAGUCGUUGUGCAGCCUUUCUUGUCUGUGACUAGCUGUCAUUUUAUGUCCCGUACCUUGACUUGCACCCUUGUCGCAGAACCUUUUGUGCGCUCCCACUUUUUUUUC